UUCAAUACAAGUAAUGUCGGUGUGAGGAAACUGGACUUCAGACGCUUGGAGGUACUGUUAAUGUAAAGGUCAUCAAUUUACUUAAAAAAUAAUGGAGAUUGAAAUUUUGCAUUCAAAAACAUCAAAUGUUAUUACAACAGUGAGAGUUAGUGAUAGCACAACAAUAUUAGAAAUAAAAACUGAAUUGAAUAGACAGAAAAAAGGCCCGUAUGUGGAGAGACAAAGUUUGAGGGCUGAAGCCAAAGGGAAAUCACUUGCCGACAGCGAGACUAUCAAAUCAUUGGGUUUGAAGGGUAACAAAUUAUACUAUAAGGAUCUAGGACCUCAGAUUGGAUGGAAAACUGUAUUUCUUGUUGAGUAUGGUGGCCCUUUAAUUGUUUACCUGUGGGUUUACUCACGGCCUUGGUUAUUUUAUGGAAAUGCCCAGUCAGAGAUGCAUCAGGUCGUUCAUUGGGCAGCGAUAUGUUGGACAAUACAUUACGCUAAACGUAUAUAUGAAACAUUAUUCGUACAUCGAUUUAGUCAUGCAACGAUGCCAUUGAGAAAUUUAUUCAAAAAUUGCUCGUAUUAUUGGCUAUUCACGAUGUACGUUGCUUAUCAUGUUAAUCAUCCAUUGUACACGCCACCAAACACUCUUUGCUCUAUCAAUGGAUUAUUAUUAUUCACAAUUUGUGAAAUUGGUAAUCUAAGUAUUCAUUUGGCAUUGAGGAAUCUACGACCUCCAGGUACUAAUGUUAGGAAAAUUCCCGUUGCAACUUCUAAUCCAUUUACGUCCUUAUUCAACUUUGUUUCGUGUCCUAAUUACACAUAUGAAAUUGGAAGUUGGAUUGGUUUUACUAUUAUGACUAAAUGUCUUCCAGCCGCAUUCUUCAUGAUAGCUGGUGCUUAUCAAAUGACAAUAUGGGCACUAGGAAAACACCGAUUGUACAAAAAAGAAUUUUCAAACUACCCAAAGAAUCGUAAAGCCAUAAUUCCAUUCCUCAUAUAAAAAUCUCACAUUGGUUAUAAUUUUUUACUCAAACCCAAAUUAACUAAUAAUUUAUAUUAAAAAAAAAAUAAUAAAUUGGGUUGUUGUUACGGAGCAUUUAUUUUCCAUUAAAAUAAAAAAAUCUCUUAGAAUAAAAAAAAAACACAAAUUA